GUAGCUUAAAUAGACAAACAGGUGAAGAUUUGUCACAGCGGGGCAGGAACAGAACAGGGGAAGAGAGGAAAUAAGAGCAAAGUGAAAGUGUGAAAACAGAGCAGGAGGAAGGGAUGGAACUUCCUCUCCUUCACCAGCCCUGAUGGACUUUGUUCUUCUCUUGCAUGGCCGGUCGAAAGCUGAGUGAAUUCGUUACCUGGACUGUCAGUUUAUAAGUCAUCUCCUUAAACCUCACUGGAGAGGAAAGAGGGAGAGGAGGAACAGUGGGGGAGGAAUGACUGAGAACAAAGGGGGGAACGAAGCAACAGGAGAACAAGGUGGAACUUGUUUCCAACAUUACUGCAGCAUAUUUAUUGCAUUUAUAGCAUUGUGGUCCAGCAGCUGCAGGGAUGUGGAUGGAUACCAAAACAGAGGAGGAGGCGGCCAGCAGGAGUCGUGCCAGACUCAGUCGGCGUGGGUUAAACAGUCUGCUGUUGUGUGCUGGGGACAUGGAGCACUUGGAUAAGUGCAUGCAGGACAAGUUGUUUGUGCUGCAGCUGGCGGUGUGGGGCCUGAGAGGGGUGUCCAGGGUGAUUUAUGUCAACAACCCGCUGAGUGGCGCUCUCAUCCUGGCUGCACUGUACUGGGCCUCCCCCUGGCAGGGCCUGCUGGCUGUACUCGGUGUACUGGCCUCUACGCUAACAGCUGUUAUCAUAGGGCAAGACAGUGCUGAGGUAUCAGGAGGUCUCCAUGGUUUUAACGGCAUAUUGGUGUCUCUGCUGAUGGGAGUGUUCAGCUCGGCUGGAGACUGGUACUGGUGGCUGCUGCUGCCUGUCUGCUUGGGGUCAGCUACAUGUGUCUUUCUGUUCAGUGGUCUCUCCUCAGUGAUGGGCCGCUGGGACUUGCCUGUCGCUGUGUUUCCCUUCAACAUCAUUAUCGUCCUCUACCUCCUUUGUACUGGCCCAGGCAAUCCCUAUUUCCCACACCACCCAGCUGUGCCAGCAUGGGCUCUGGAGCCCAAUGGCACCAAGCUCAUUGCAGUAGAGGUAAUGCGUGGCGUAGUUCUUGGAGUGGGUCAGAUCUUUGCCUGUGGAGCUCUGGGGCCCUCCCUCCUCAUCCUGGGAGCUGUUCUUCUCUACUCCCCCCUGCUGGCGGUGCACGCUGUGCUGGGAUCAGCUGUUGGAACGUUGGCUGGUUUAUCCAUGGCAGUGCGUCAUGAUUCUCUGUACUCAGGUCUGUCGGGGUUUAAUGGAGCUCUGGGCUGCAUGGCUGUUGGAGGACUCUUCUUCACCUUCAGUUGGAGGACCCACCUCUUUGCCAUCGCCAGCGCCUUCCUCUCUGCAUAUGCUGACAUCGCUCUGAGCAAUCUGCUGGGAACUGUUGGUCUCCCAGCAUGCAGUUGGGCAGCUACUCUGACAACCACGCUGAUGUUGCUGCUGACCGGCAGUUUAGCAGCAUAUCGCAUCCCUACUGGUCAAGUCAUGGCCCCUGAACUCAACCUGUGCUCCCGCAGCCAAUGGGAAGCCGGGAACGCCGAAGAAAGGGAGAGCACUGAUGUGUAAACUCGAGGAG